GUCAUGGCCAGCCUGUGGCUGCCGUUCUUUCUCGUACUGAUCGCACCGCCACCGAUGCGGCCCUCCUCCUUGCCCUGGCAGGACACCACAGAGGGCAAGGCUACUAUCGCGGGCCAGAUCCUGUCUGCGCUGGAGAGAGCCGCCUUCUUCCUGGAGGAGCGGCUCCCGGAAAUCAACCUGGACGGCAUGGUGGGGGCACGGGUGCUGGAAGAGCAUCUCAGGAGUGUCCAGGAGGAAUGGGCCCAGGACACCCUGCUGCAGCCGCUGGGCAUGCGCGUGGGGACACUGGCCGCGAAGCUAGAGGCGCUCAUCCAACAGUCCCUUUUCUACCUUAGGCAGAGUGACCCCGAGUACCUGAGAGAGUUCCAGCCUACCCUGCAGCCCGGCUUCUGGAAGCUCCCGCACGCCUGGAGCCUCACCAAUGCCUCCUUGGUGUACCCCACGUUCGAGGCCCAGGACUCCUUCUCAGAGGAGAGCAGCGACACGUGCCUGGUGCAGCUGCUGGGAACUGGGACCCACAGCAGCCAGCCCUGCGAGCCCUCGGAUGCCUGCGCGAGCCUCAUGACCAAGCCCGGCUGCUCAGGCUACUGCUUGUCCCACCAGCUGCUGUUCUUCCUCUGGGCCAGAAUGAAGGGCUGCACGAAGGGACCAUUCCGCCAGAGCCAGCACCACAUCCGCGUUUUCUGCGCUAACAUGAUGGACCUAAAUCGAAGAGCCGAGGCCAUAGGCUAUGUCUACCCCACCCGGGACAUCUUCAUGGAAAACAUCAUGUUCUGUGGAAUGGGCGGCUUCUCCGACUUCUACAAGCUCCGGUGGCUGGAGGCCAUUCUCAGCUGGCAGAAAAAGCAGAAAGGAUGCUUCGGGGAGCCUGAUGCUGAAGAUGAAGAAUCAUCUAAAGCUAUUCAAUACCAACGGCAUCUUUUGAGGAGAGUGAAGAGGCGUGAAAAACAAUUUACAGAUGGCUGUUCCUCCCAUAACACGGCUACAGCAGUGGCAGCCCUGGGUGGCUUCCUCUACAUCCUGGCAGAAUACCCCCCUGCAAGCAGACAGCAGCAUCCAUCCACACUGCCACCUCCACGCCGCUGAGACAGAUGCUCUUGUGCCUGCUCUCUGGAAGAUGAACAGACCCCUUUGGUCCUUUCUCCCUAGGUCUCAGGGUCCUGGGUCACCACCUGGGAGGAGG